UUUCAAAAUAAUUUUUGUGUACGAAAAUAUUGAGCUCGAAAACGACUGAGUAGGUUUUUAAUCAGUGACUAAUCAAAUUUAACAAGUGGCGUUGUUACUGAAUUCUUGUAGAUGGGUAUCUUAUGGAUACUGCUUACAAUUAUUGUUUUAACAAUAAAUGGCGUGUCUUUUAUCAACGCAUACUACAAUCCAGUUUUGGGACAAAUGAGGAUGGACCGACAAAAUAUAACCUUCACCUUCAACAGUAAAUGGUGUGGAAGUGAAGAAAGUGUCAAUGUACGUUUUUUUUUACAAAUUAAAAUAUAAUUUAGUUUUAGAUUACGCUAAUGAUUCUGAUUAUGCUUACGCAAUCAAGGUUAACCGGCAAUCAAUAUUAAUAUUAUUAACAGCUGCCAUUUAUGAUUUUAAAUAUUAAAGUAACUGAGGGGUAACUGGUACGGUACUGGUACAAUAAUAACGAUGUGGCUAUUCGUACCCGGGUGCCAGAAGUGAGAGGUUGGGAUUAAAAAAAACGAUUUAAAAUUUUAUUGUUGGGUUUGUAAGACAAAAUGAGGUAUCAAAUGAAAGAUAAUUGAAUGGACUAUAUGUUUGUAAACUUAAUUCUUCAGUUUAACUAAAAUAAACUACCACAAAUAACAUCCGAAUAGCACUGAGUAAAAAUGGACCCAGACACGCAGCGCCGCCAUUCGCAUCUGGCUACCAACAGCUGCACUCAGAUCUAUUUCAUUGGCUGGUUUCUGUUAUUUUCUUGGUGUGUAGUGCAAUACUCUGCAUUAUGAGUCAGCACUUAGCUCAGCCCUUCUUAAUAACUUGUCACAAUAUAUUCUACUAAUUUUUUUUUUAAAUUCUGAAUGUAAUAUGUGGAUCAUUUUAAUUUUAAAUGCCACAGAACUCUCAGAGAGAAGAUAUUUUUUUUUAUAUUAUCUUUUUUAUUACAUCAAUGAUUAAUCACAUUAAAUUAAAUGUUUAAAAAUUAUAUAUCAUAAGGAUCAAUUAUUUUAAAUAAAGAAAAUUAAAAGAAUAGAUUUUGAAAAAUCUCUUAGAUCAUACCUGCCUUAAUUUCUAAAGGAGGAAGGGCUAUUCUACCUGUAGAUUACCAAUUCUAUCCAUAAAUUUAAUCAUAAUAUAAUGUUAAAAACAUUUUUCUAUGCCUUAUGCAUGAUAUUAUGAUAAUAUAACUUUUUCAGAAUAUUUUAGUUUAUUGUAAAUAUUUCUUUAACAAUAGACUCAAUAGAAAUUGUAUCUUCCUUUUCUAAAAACAUGUAAAUUUCACAAUAAAGUUAAGAUUAAAAAUUGAAAUUUGGGUAGGUGUAUAAAGAUAUUCACAUUUUUCUUUAUUUGGCUGCAACUUAAUUAUUUUCUUGCAGGUUGACUUAUAGAUACUUAUAGCUUACAUCAUGUGUAUGUUUGGUAAGUUGAUAUCAUGUUCAAAAUUUUUUUCAAUCUUUAUAGAAUAAUUUUUAUUUUACAGACUCGCUGUUUCAUUGAGCAAAAGUCAAGUGCUUUAUGUCAAAAAGAGGUGAGUUGUAUUGCAUAGUCUCAUCUCAUUCAGUAGGAAAGAUUUAUAAUUUGUAAAAUGAAUCAUUUUAUUUUUUAUACUGUUAAGUCCAAGUCCCAUUACUCAGUCCAAACAGAUUCUUAACACAGCUUGAAUUUAAGACCAGAGAAGAAAAAAAAGAGUUUUCUAAUCAUUUUAUUUAUAAACACUUGGCUCAAAAUGGUCCUAAAUUUAGAUUUAUUCAUUAUUUAUUUUAGACCAAAAAAAUUAAAUCGUUGGAACUGAAGGACUACUUCAGUUUUUAUGAUACCAGUAUAAAAAAUACAAUUUUAAUUCAGGGUAAUAUAAUCAAUACUAUGGGAGAAAAAAUCCAUUGAAAUUAGUUUAUAAAGAUUAACAAGUCAUAUUUUAAAUUUUUAAUUAUUUUAAAAGGGGGGGGGGGGGGGAAUUAAAAGGUUGAUAUUUUAAAAGGAAAAAUCACAGUGCUGUAAGUAGACCUAUGUGUCUAUGCCAUCUAAUUUAUUAUGUGCAGUGUGGAUAUUAUGGAUUAUCACUAUGCAGGUUUUUAUUUUAAACUUAAAGAAAGAAAAAUAUUUCUUUGCUACCCAGGAUCAGAUUAUUCUGUACCAUACUUUCAUUUUCAUCAGUCAUCUAAUCUUUAUACAUCCCUUGACUAUCACAUGCUUUUUCUUGUCUACUUUAGAUUUCAUCCCAGUGUGGCCCGUGUGGGUUUCCAGCAGGCAAAAGUGUGACCUUUAACUCACUUAAAUCAGGUCAGAAAUAAACUGAAACAUCCAUGUUGAAAUGUUUAAACCUUGGAAAUUUAGACUUAAUUGAGUUUUAUAAAUUUCUAACCUUUAGUUUUGGAACUCUGUUCUCAGAAUUAAAUGACUGAUCCAAAGGUUCCAGGAAUUCAAAUAGUUUAAAAUGUUAAUGUGUGGAUGAUAUUGAUAUAAUAGGCCUAUAUAUAUUGUAUAAUAUAUUGAGAAAUAUUUUCAUGAAAGACAAUUCCAGGUUCCAGGAAUUCAAAUAGUUUAAAAUUUUAAUGUGUGGAUGACAUUGAUAAAAUAGGCCUAUAUAUUGUAUAAUAUAUUGAGAAUUAUUUUCAUGAAGGACAAUUAAAUGCAUUUCCUAGUAUUUAAAUGAAUAAAUGUAGCAAUUAAAUAAUAAAUCAUGUUAAAGUUUGUUUUAAUGUUUUAAUUAUAUAAGAUAAACUAAACAAUAGCAAGUGCUACAGUGACUAUAAUACCAGGUUUCAGACUGAAAAAUAAAUGAAAAAUUUUAUGAUUUUUUUUUAAAUUAAUAAAUAUUUUAAAAUUCUGAUUUCUAAUGCCUACAACUUUAGAGAAACAUACAAUUCUGCCUCAAAUCCUUUAUGAAGUUAAACAUUGCACAGUCUUUAUUAAACAUUUGUGACAUUGUUCAGUCUUAAAAGAGAAUGAAAUCCUUAAUUUGAAUUGCAUCCUUAAUUUUAAUUACAUUCUUAAUUUAAAUUGCAUCCUACUUGAAUAAUAUCCUUCAUUUGAAUAAUAUCCUUCAUUUGAAUAAUAUCCUUCAUUUGAAUAAUAAAUAUUCAUUUGAAUUCACCCUUAAUUUGAAUUACAUACUUACUUAAAUUACAUCCUUCAUUUGAAUUAAAUCAUUAAAUCGAAUUAUGUCCUUACUUAUAUGCCUACCCUAUAUUUUUAAUGACCUUUUACUUCUUUCAGUUCAAAUUUAAAUAAGUUUCGAUGAAGUCAUUUCAUUCCUUCUUUAGAUUUAACCUGCCCUAAUGCUUUAACCUCUGGGGUUUACCGCAACCAGCCUGGAGGAAUAAUUCUUGUGUCCUUGCUGGGAAACAGCAACCAGCAGGCACCAAUAUGGACAAUGUGUAUGCGGCCCAGCCUCAACAAACCAUCUCUGUCUGAAAUUUUGCGAACACCAUGUGUUGGAAGGUUUGUACUCAACUGACUUCAUUUUGAAUUUGAUUAUAUAAUUAUCCAGUGUCUUGAAAUGUAAUGUAUUUUUGUUUCAAACCAACUCCAGCAGAGGAAUUGUUUUGAGCACUGUUGUGUGAUAAGGUUUUUGUCAACUGAGAUGUGUUAUUUAUCAUAUUAUUUAAUAAUCACUUGUGGAGUGAGGUUUUACGGCACAUGAUGGCUGAUUUUUGCGUUUGAGAAAUAAUUAGAUUUCUUGUGUUUAAAUUGUACACUUUUUAAAAAUUUUCUCUUUCUAAGAAUGGUCAUCCAUAUGUUGAAAAAUUAACUUGUGCAAUGUUUUAAAACACUUUUCCAUUUUUGGAUCAAUAAAAAUAAAUCUUAUCUUAAAUAGAAUAUAUAUUUUCAAUUAGCUAAUGUAGAUGAAUUUUUUUUUUUUUUUAUUCUGCUUUCGUUUUCAAUUUACAGUAUAUAUUUUAAGGCGUUUGUUGGUCACUGAAUGUGUGCUUUAAGUAUAUUUUAACUAGACUCAAGUCAUUUAUUUACAAGUUGAGAAAAGACUGCUGUUUGCUGUUUUGUUUGUAUUCAUUUACUUUAAUAGUUUAACCCAAAUGCUCUUCACAAAUAUGAAUAUUUUAUGAAAGUGGUCCUAUCAUUUUUUUCUGCAUUUGCUACUUACUGAAGACACUUUUAUCACAUCAUGUUUACUGUGGCAAAAAGAUUUGUCAGCACAAGAUAAAGAAAAAGUUUUUCCAGAAAAUUUUUAAAAUUAUAAAAAUAUUAAAAAUAUUUUCUCUUAUUUAUGUUAAAGUAAACACAAAUUCAGCAACCUGUCAUUAAAUAUUAUUUCUAAUUAUAGUACACAACAAGUUUUCUAGCAUAACAUUCGUAACAGUCUUCUUCAAAAUUGUGGCAGUGCUUUUGUCUACCCCUAUCUCCUUUUGCCCAUAAAGUUUCGAUAUUUAUAAUAGUAAUAGGUGUACGAUAACUGAGUUUAGAAAAAUUCUUAUGCUUUGCAGGAUUUCAAGGGAAGAUCAGAGAUUUUUACAACUAUAAGUAGAUUUUUAUGUGCUUGGCUAUGUAUUAUGUGGAUUAUCCACUCUUAACUUAAACACUCACAUUAAAUUCAACCCCUUCCCCCACUCAGGAAACGACUUUUUAAAAAAAAAAAAAUAGGCCCCCUCCCCAUUUUUACACACCCAGUACUUUUCCUGUACCUCUAGGGCUAAUUGGUUAUUUGUUUUCGUAAAGCUUCUCUCAUGUGACCCAAUAGAGAUCCAUAAUAGCUUUCUUUCCUCCUUUUGUAAACAUUUAAUUAAAAUCAUGUGUCCUCACACUCUCAAGCUGAUCAAGUUUGUCAACAAUUGCUGUGUAGGCCCAACAUAGUAGAAAUAGUUAUGCUUACAACAUAAGAGGCCUAAACACACACACACACAGACUCAUGUACAUAUUAAUUAAUAACUGUUAUUUCAAUGUAUGCUUUUUUUUCAGUGACUGUACUAAACAAGUAGUAGACUUCAGGGUGUGUGCACGUAACUCACCUACUCAAGAAAUAACAUCAGACUGCUUCAGCAAGUAUAAAAGCUUUUAUAGCGGUUACCAGAAAUUGGUUUGAAAGAAAUUUCGUUGACGGAAAUUCUAUCGAACGGAAGUUUGGUCGAAUUUUUUUUUUCAGUUCACACGAUCAAAUUUUUUCAAAUUUCUUUUUUAACGCACCAUGUUAUAUAGUAAAACAAAAUAAUGUGUUCAAAAAAAAAUGUUACGCAAAAUUUUAAUGUGUGAACUGAAAAAGUCUACAAAAUUUAUUCUUUUAAACAAAUUUCCAGAUACAUUUUUUAGCAGUUAUAUUUAAGCUGUUUAAAGAUUAGUAUAAUUACAUCUCUAUCUAUCAUUUUGCGGUUGGGAUAUUUUUAGGAUGGGGAAAAUAGUGUUGUUUCUUUUUUUUUUCAGUUUGCACAAUCUUACCAGCAAACAAUUCUUUUAGGGCUCUUGAUUCUGCUUAUUCUUAGAACUUCUUUAUUCCUUACAUGAUCAAAGCACUUAUGGCCAAUAUCUUUCUGAACUGUUCUUUGUGAUGUCCGUCUUAGGAUUAUUUAUUCUAUUUGUGUUUAACUACCAGUGUUAUAAUUAUAGUUUUCAUAAUUUGUGUAAACAAAUAUAAGUGAACAGCACAAAUUAUCUCUAACAAGUGUGCAUAUUGGUUCAAUCUAGGCACACUCUGCAAGCUUAUCCUGGCCACAAGGGAGUUCAGAUUUAUGUAGAGGAAACCUUUAGUUGUGGUCAUUGUAUAAUUGAAGCAUCAAUCAAAGGAUCAGGUACAGUACAAGUAAACCAAAGGAACUUCUAAUUAUAUUAUAAUUAUUUAUUUUUUUUAAAUUUAAAAAAACAAACAUCUUAUGAGAGAUUGUUCUUUUAUAAUUCACAGAUGAGACUUUUUAAGAGAGAAAUUUAAUUUUUAAAAACAAUAUACUACAGUACCAAAAGGUUUUUUUAUUUUAUUUUACAGCCUUUAGGCUAAUGAUCAAUCCAAUUUCAAUAAAAAUGGAAAAACAAUUGUGUUACCCAUACCAUUCUUUCUGAAUUACUCUAGCCAUCGGCUGCUUCCCUGUUGUAAUUGAACCUACAAGUUCUGAGUCCCAAAAAAUCCAGAGGCGCUCCAUUAAUUCUCCCAAUGAGACUUCAGCCGAAGAUGAUAAUGAUAAUUCCACUGACAAGUCUUCAGCAGCACAAACAGUUAGUUCGACUUAUUCAAAGGCCCUGAAAACUGAUGAAGUGAUUAGUGUCACAGAAAUGACUGCUCUCAAAACUGAUGGUAUUACAAACUCAAAGACCAAUGUGGCUAACCAAACAGAAGAGCUGCAUACCCAAGAUGGAUCUGAAUAUCCCAAAACUAGCUCGGGCAAUUAUCAGAGUAAAGACGGUUCCAGAACAACCAUUGAAAACUUUAAAAUCACAACUGAAGACUUGAAGCUCAAUAACUCAGAAAUCCAAGGAGAGUCUGUGAUCAUCUUGAACAACUCGGAUGUGCUGAAUGUAGGUGUUUCAACAAAUGACAGAGCAUUCACUGAAGAAACAGCGGGUGGCACAGUGGGCUUUAAUGUCAAGGAAACGAAUGCUCACAAAACUGAUCAAGUGACUGGUAUAACAAACUCAAAGACCAAUGUGGCUAACCAAACAGAAGAGCUGCACACCCAAGAUGGAUCUGAACAUCCCAAAACUAGCUCGGGCAAUUAUCAGAGUAAAGACGGUUCCAGAACAACCAUUGAAAACUUUAAAAUCACAACUGAAGACUUGAAGCUCAAUAACUCAGAAAUCCAAGGAGAGUCUGUGAUCAUCUUGAACAACUCGGAUGUGCUGAAUGUAGGUGUUUCAACAAAUGACAGAGCAUUCACUGAAGAAUUAGCGGGUGGCUUUAAUGUCAAGGAGGAAACUGUUCACAAUGGCACAGGUCAGGAGCUAGCAUCAAAAAAGAGUGACAGCUCACUUAUCUUAGAGGAUGAGGCCAUUUCAGGGACCAGCUUUGCUAAAGUUGACGCCAGCAUCCCUAAGGCCUUGCCAAAGAGUGAAAAGUCUACCUCAAAAUUGAUGCUGCAGACUGCAGAAAUUUCAACAGAGUUUCAGGGGAGCAGUGUGCAGACACUUACCUCAAUGAGCUUUGAAGACGAGUGGAACAUGCACGAGAAAGAAGCAGAGAAACAUGAAAUGGACAUCCAAGCUAAUCUUGGUAAGGCUCCAUUUCUUACAGUUAUUUUCUUGUUUGUAGCAUUGCUAAAACAUCAGCUUUUAAAAGCUCUUUCAAUGAGCCUUUCUUUUCAUGGUCAUAAAAAUUGUAUAAUAAUAGAUUUCAUAGCAAACAAGCUGUAGUACUUUUGUCACAGUCCCAAAGGCAUACGCAACUAUACUAUAGGUUUUAAUCACACAAUAUUUAUUAAGCAAAUGGUUUUUGAAGAAUAGUUACAUAGACGAAUGGCAUUGAAAUCUAUUUUAUUUACCAGGCAACUCUUCUUAUGCUACAACUGAACCUGAUCCUGCAGCAGAACCCGAUCCCUUUUUGGAGGUAAAUUCUAUAUAUAAAACAAAUUAUUUUAAGACAGCAACUGAAUGUAAAGUAUGGUUUGUGAACUAAAAUGCACCCUACAAGUUACAAUUUUUUGAAGGAAAUUGUUCACUUCCUAAACAGGAAGAUGACAUAUCCCCUAUAAUAAUACCUUCUGAAUGUAUAGUAUCUUUAGUAUGCAUGUAACAUUUUAAGAAAUUAUUGGCAACUAGAAUAAGAUAAUGUGCUUGAAACUUUCAUUUUAUUUGGUUCAAAACAAAAAGAUGUGUACUAACUGUUAGACAAUUUUAACAUUGCUUCAUUUCAUAUCUGCAGCUCAGUGACAAUACGCUGCCUCUGGCCAAUGCACUAUCUAUGGCUACAAGUCCAGCCAGACUCACAGAUGUGGUUUUCAUGUGGUCUUGCUAUGUUCUUGUUGUCUUAGUGACAUUCUCUGCAAAAGGAUUUUAAGCUGGGGUGCAUGUGUUUGUGUCAAGAUUUAAAUAUCUUACUUAUUUAUUUUGGCAAAAACGGUGAAAUGUAAUAUAAUUAUCAUCUUAAUCAUGGAAUAAGAGCAAUGAUUACAAUUUUAAUUUUCUAUAUUUUUUUUUAGUUUAUCAGGCAUUGAUAAUGUUUUUUUUUUUCUUUUGUUGAGUCUUUCAUAAUUCAAAUGAUUCUAAAUACUAACUGGCGUAGGCUAGGAAGAUCCAAAUUAUAUUUUUUGUACUGGUAAAAAAAUAUUCAUAUAGGUACUGGUGUUCAAAUACCUAAAACAUAUUUAUUUAUAAACCUGUACCUUGUAAAUUAAUUUUUAAUUUGCGUGACUGCCUCAGGUUUCCUCCAGAUUUUUAACCAUUGUACUUUACAGUCAUGAAAAGUCAAAUUUGGAGAUAUGAGGGCACAUUAUUUAUGAAAGGACAGAAUGCUUGAGUCAAAGUUAUAAGAACUGUUCUUUGAUAUUAUAUAUUAAAAUCAUGAUAUUUUUUAUACAUGGGCAAAAAACAAAUAUGAAUCAGAUAGCAAUUUUUAGCUAUUUUAAUUCAUGCUAUGAUUGAAAUGAAAUUAUGUUUUAUUAAGUUAGUGUUGAUUUUUACAAAAAUAAUUUUUAUUAAUUACAAGUAAAACUUAACCGAGGAAGAGUAUUUAAAGCAUGAGCACUUAUAAUGAAUUUCUAAGCAAGACACUAUUUACAAUUUAUGAAAAUUGAUUUUAAAGUUUGUAGGAACCUACUUGUUAUACAGUAUCAUUUAAAUAUUUUCUGAAAUUAGAUCUGAAACAUUGUAUGCUUCAAAUAUCAGAAAUGUGUGCCUUCAAGUUAAAUGAAAUAUGAAGUAGA